CCACCGCCGUCCCCGGAAAUGCUUCCUUCCUUCGCAGCCGCUACAGCUGCCGGGGUCGCUGGAGCUUUGCCUCUCUAGGCCGGUACGGACUCUCCUCCAUGAUCCUGUCUGUCAAGAUUGUUUCGGGGGUCGGCCGGUGAGACUGGGCCGCGUUCGGACGCUUCGAUCCUCGAGUUGGUCACCGGUGCCGGGGAGUCCUGGAGCCCAUGGCGCUCCGGCGCUGACUCAAGCCCCGGACCGAGGCCGGGUCGCUCUGGCCGGCAUGGCGGGCCAGUUCCGCAGCUACGUGUGGGACCCGUUGCUGAUCCUGUCGCAGAUCGUCCUCAUGCAGAACGUCUAUUACGGCUCUCUGGGCCUGUGGCUGGCGCUGGUGGACGGGCUGCUGCGCAGCAGCCCCUCGCUGGACCAAGUGUUCGACGCCGAGAUCCUGGGCUUUUCCACCCCUUCAGGCCGGCUCUCCAUGAUGUCCUUCAUCCUCAACGCCCUCACCUGUGCCCUGGGCUUGCUGUACUUCAUCCGGCGAGGGAAGCAGUGUCUGGACUUCACUGUCACUGUCCAUUUCUUUCACCUCCUGGGCUGCUGGUUCUACAGCUCCCGUUUCCCCUCGGCGCUGACCUGGUGGCUGGUCCAAGCCGUGUGCAUUGCGCUCAUGGCUGUCAUCGGGGAGUACCUGUGCAUGCGGACGGAGCUCAAGGAGAUCCCCCUCAACUCAGCCCCUAAAUCCAAUGUCUAGAAUGGGGUUCUUUGGAUACCCUGCUGGGCAGUUGCCCGCCCAACACCUUGGGCUGCUCAGACCCUCCAGAUGAGGUCCAGCCCAGGUCCAAGAGGAACCUUGGAAGUGUGAAGUCUGUCCGUGUGGGAGAGAUAGUGAGGCCCCGUCAAGAAGGCAGGGAGCGGUCAGGAUCGCAGCUGCAAGAAUGGCCUUCGUCUGCUGAAGCCUCGGUGUCUGGGAGGUCAGCAAAGGGAUCUGAACUUGGUAUCUGGGAGGUCAGCAAGGGGACGUCUUUCAGGGUAAUAGCAGAAUUGGAACCAUGUCACUUUUGAGCCAUCAUACCUAUCACCAGCCUGUUAUUUUAAAAAAGAAAAAAAAAAAUCAAGGAUAUCUGAUUGGAGCAAACCAGCCUUCUAGUCAUCAGUCUUAUCUCUCUGGGACAGCUGUUACCUUUGCCGUUGAACCGCAGCUCUUCUAUUUGGAGAAGCACUUGAUGUCUGGAUUCACAGCCACAGGAAAAGAUGUAGGCGCACAGCAUUAGGCUGCUCUCGGGGAUCGGACGGCAGAUGGAGGCCGUCAAGCGCAAGGAAAGCGCACAGCCUGCGUCUUGCUAUGUGCAUGUAUGUGUGCACCCAUGAAUCUAUGACUGACUGACUUCCAGUUUUCUCUACUGGGUCCCCACCCUGCUGCCACUCUUUCACCUUAGUGGGCCUCAGGACCCAGAGAGACAUCCCAGCAUCGUUCCCCGUCUAACCCUGGUAAUAGAAUGUCUGGGAGUGAUCAGGCUCCGCAGCUCCCCCGGACAUCACUUGCGGCAAUAGGUCCUUUUUCCGACUACUUCGGAAUUCUUCAGUGGGAAGGGCGUGGUGGGUGCCCAGAGACAGGAAGCCCAGCCUUCCAGCUCGACCUGCGCUGGCAGUGCCGAGGGAGAUUCGCUCUUAAGAUUUUUCUUGGGAGUGGAGUGUCCCGUGUGAGAGGCUUGCAGCUGUCCUUCCUGUGUACAUAAAUACAGUAUUUUCCACGGUUCUGCCUCUAUGUUCUUUGUAAUGCCAUGGUGGGGACUGAGAGAUCAGCACA